CGAGAAGCAGUGAACCAUGGCAAGAACCAAGCAGACAGCCCGUAAGUCCACCGGCGGCAAAGCCCCCAGGAAGCAGCUGGCCACCAAGGCCGCCCGCAAGAGUGCACCCGCUACCGGCGGCGUCAAGAAACCUCACCGUUACAGGCCCGGAACCGUGGCUCUCCGUGAGAUCCGCCGCUACCAGAAGUCCACCGAGCUGCUCAUCCGCAAACUGCCCUUCCAGCGCCUGGUCAGGGAAAUCGCCCAAGAUUUCAAGACCGACCUCCGCUUCCAGAGCUCCGCAGUGAUGGCUCUCCAGGAGUCCAGCGAGGCUUACCUGGUCGGUCUGUUUGAGGACACCAACCUGGUCAUUCAGUUUCGUUCACUACAACGUGAAAUCAUGUCUGGACGCGGCAAGGGAGGUAAAGGACUGGGGAAAGGAGGCGCCAAGCGUCACCGCAAAGUUCUCCGUGAUAACAUCCAGGGAAUCACCAAACCCGCCAUCCGUCGUCUGGCUCGCCGCGGCGGAGUGAAGCGUAUCUCCGGCCUGAUCUACGAGGAGACCCGCGGCGUCCUGAAGGUGUUCCUUGAGAACGUCAUCCGCGAUGCCGUCACUUACACCGAGCACGCCAAGAGGAAGACUGUGACCGCCAUGGAUGUUGUCUACGCCCUCAAGAGGCAGGGACGCACCCUGUACGGUUUUGGAGGUUAAUUAAUUUCGCUCUCACCCCAUUUCAAACACCAACGGUCCUUUUAAGGACCACCCACAUAUGUUUGGAGAGUUGUUAUUCCUCAAUCAAAAAAAAUGAAAUUAAAUUGCAUGUC